AUGUUUGCCGACCAAUUCAUACAAAUUGCUACUUUACUCCCCACUGACAAAAUGUAUGGUUUCGGAGAGAACAUUCACCAAACACUAAAGCAUGACUUUACCAAGUAUAAAACGUGGUCAAUGUUUGCCAGGGACGAAGCUACAGAGUCUUACGUCGAGAAUACGAAGAAUUUGUAUGGAGUUCACCCAUUCUACAUGAUGCUUGAAACUGAUGGUAAAGCACAUGGUGUAUUAAUACUAAACAGUAACGCUCAGGACGUCACAACUGGUCCUGGACCGCAUUUAGUGUAUCGCACAAUAGGAGGUCUGUUAGACAUAUAUUUCUUCCCAGGUCCAUCUCCUACGGAUGUAGUGAAGCAGUACCAAUCUCUUAUUGGAAAACCAUUCAUGCCCGCAUAUUGGUCACUUGGUUUCCAAUUGUCCGGAUAUGGGUAUGAAUAUGUAGACGAAUUUAAGAAAGUCGUUGAGAAAAACUUGGAAAAAAAAGUUCCCCUUGAAGAGUGGAGAUUUAUUCGCGGCUUUGCGGAAGAGCUUCACAAAAGAAACAUGAAAAUCAUUCUCACUUUUGAUCCCGCAAUCAGCAUGACAAGCACAUCAUUUAGGCGAGCGUUCCUGACGAAUGUUUCGUUCAUCGAGUACGCUGAUAAGUCUCUUGUGCAAAAAGAGGUAAACAACAACUACACUCUCACUAAUGAUACUAAGAUAAUGCUUGGCGUCGCAUGGCCAGAUAAUCACGUUGCAUUCCCUGACUUUUCUGACCCACUAAAUCAAACAAGAAAGUGGUGGAUAAAGGAACAUCAACGCUUCCGAAAGAUGAUCCCAUACGACGGUAUAUGGAUCGAUAUGAACGAACCAGCUGUCUUUGGAACUAACGUCGAUCACCCUUGGUAUUUUGAUACAGAAGGCCAUCCAAAAAUCACCCCACUGAGAUGUGACAAAUUCAGCGACCCAUACGAAAGAUAUGAGAAACCGCCUUAUCAAACACAGGCUGUUUAUCGCUUUAAUAGCUCACUUUUGUUGUCUCAAAACACACUGUGCAUGACUGGAACGACCCAUCGUGGAAAGCAGAUACUUUAUAAUUCGAAAAAUUUGUAUGGACUAUACGAAACUAUGGCAACAUAUGAAGCUGCAAAAAACGCUACUGGUAAACGGCCUGUUGUAAUAUCGAGAUCGACUUUUCCGGGUUCUGGACAUUAUGCCGGACACUGGCUUGGCGAAAACAACUCAACUUGGAGUGAUUUGAGAACGUCUAUCAUUGGCGUACAAGAGUUCAACAUCUUUGGUUUACCAUAUGUGGGUUCUGACAUUUGUGGCUUCACAGGUAAUACAGAGGAAGAACUCUGUUUAAGAUGGCAACAAACCGGUGCAUUCCACUCGCUUUCAAGGAACCACGAUGACAAAGGUAGUCUACCACAAGAUCCAGCAGAGUGGGAAAGUGUUACGAACGCUACUAUACAAGCUAAUUUAUUCCGCUACAGUUACCUUUCCUACCUUUACAGUCUUCAUUUCGAUGCUGCUCUUAACGGCGGAACUGUCAUUCGACCAGUUUUCUUUGAGUUUCCGGAAAAUUCAGAGACUCAUGACUUGGGCUUGCAAUUUAUGUGGGGCGACAGCUUAAUGAUUGCGCCAGUUUAUGAAAAAGGGAAAGAGGAGGUAGACGUCUAUUUACCACCAAGUUCAACGUGGUACUCGUUGCGAGAGAAUGAUUAUGGUGCA